AGCAUAGGGCUCGCCUACUAUGUGACAAAAUGAUCCUUCAGCGGCUGCCUGUGGGCAGCUGUGGGCACACCCCCACUCACACACGAAUGCCCAGGUGACCUCUCUCUAUAUAUAUAUACAGACCCUUCCUGACCCUGCAAGCCUGGCCCUGUGGGAGUCCUGGCUGGGACUGCAGGCGCCAAGGCCCAUUUUGAACAGAGCGCCCUCCACUUUCUUGUUCUCCCAUUCUGACUUUUGUCUUCAGACACAGACAGCCUUUCCCUUGGAACAAGCCAUUCCCUUCAGUGUGAAAGGGUUUGGUAAAGACCGCUCACCACACAGAACAGAACUGCAGCAGGGAGGAUGUUGUCCUUUCCCCGUGUGGUGGCCUGCUCACGGACCUGCUCCCGCUUCCUUGGGCUGAGCCUCGGAACUGCAUCUCUGUUUGCCGCUGGGGCCAACAUCGCACUCCUCUUUCCUAACUGGGAUACCACCUACCUGACGAGGGGCCUCAUUGGCAAGCAUGCCAUGCUGGGCGCUGGGCUCUGGGGAGGAGGUUUCAUGGUACUCGUGGCAGCAACUCUCAUCUCCCUGCCGGGCUACUUCGGCGAUAGUGCGCCCUGUCGGCAUAUGCUCAUCGCUCUGUUGUCAAGCAGCCUGGCUCUGCUGGGGGCCUUGGUUUGCUUCGUCACUUCCGGAGUAGCCUUGAAAGACGGUCCCUUUUGUAUGUUUGACACCUCGUCCUUCAAUCAGACACAAGCUUGGAAAUUUGGCUAUCCCUUCAAAGAUCUUCCCAACAGGAAUUAUUUGUAUGACCACUCACUCUGGACCUCCGUCUGCCUGGAGCCCUCUAGGGCUGUGGUUUGGCACGUGGCCUUCUUCUCCACCCUCGUGUGUAUCAGCCUCUUCCAGCUUCUCCUGGUGGCCAUCCAUCUCGUCAAUAGCAUCCUCGGCCUGUUCUGCAGCUUCUGUGAGAAGAGAUAGCAGGGAAGAAGGAACCUUUGACCUAUAAAACACCUCAAGAGCAUCCUUUAUCAGAAGGAAGGAGAACCCUUUGUUUAAGGCAAGAUGAGGCUCCAGAGAGGAGGUGUGGGCCUAGGGUAAGCUGGCCUUUCCUAAACCUUUCAAAGGAGGGACCCAUGAAGUGGCUCAUGGGUAAAGAUGCUUGCUGUUAAGCCUGAAGACCUGAGGCUUAAUCUCCAGAACCCACAUGGUGGAAAGAAAGAACAGACUCUUGUAAAUUGUCCUACCUCUACACAAACACGCACAGACACACACACAAACACACA